AUGGCCUCAUCUCCUUCCGGUGUCCACCUCGUGGGCUCUAUCUGCGGCGCCGAAACUGCUACUGAGUCCUUCAAAAAGUGCAUCGCCGCCUUCCCAGCACGCCUCCGCCGCCUCCCAGACGGUGAACCCGCCUCACGAAAUAACUUCGUCGGCUGGCAACGAUCUGUCUUCUCCCAUGCGCCAUUCAUGCUUGAGGAAUAUGACGCGCAAAAUGAUGUCAUCAAGAAGCCUACAGCUACACCCGCUGAGAUCGCAGAGGUGGUAAACAAUCUCCCACCACUCAACCUCCGAUACGAUGAAUUUGGACUUGAGAGUUACGCAGAGUUCAGACGGCUGAGAGCCGAGGGAAUAAUUCCCCAGGGCGUCAGAUUCUUGGUCUGCGUCCCGACCGUUUACUGCGUGAUGUCUCUCUUGCGAGCUGAGUAUGCAGCUGCAAUUGAGCCACUCUAUACAGAUGCCCUGAUUGGAUGUCUGAAACGACUUGAGGCUGAAAUUCCACAUGAGGAUCUUGCAUUUCAGGUGGAUGUUGCUGCGGAGCCAAUGCUUAUCAAAGCUGAGCCAGGGACGGUCAUUUAUCAUUUUGAACAAUACUGGGAAGGAGACGCCUUUACCGGAUCAAUGGAAAGAGUUGCUUCUUUGGUUAGAAGUGUCGCUCCUGAUGUUGAUGUUGGGUUGCAUAUUUGUUACGGAGACAUGGGUCACAAGCACUUUAUUGAACCAGUCGACACGGCGGAUAUUGUGAAGAUUUCCAAUACCGUUGCGGCGGAGUCAAACCGAGUCUUGAACUGGGUUCACUUCCCUGUGCCGAAGUCAAGAGAUGACGACGCGUACUUUGCUCCGUUGGUGGGGUUGAAUGCAGGAGAGGAAACUGAAUUUUAUGUUGGUCUUGUGCAUCCAAAUGACGAAGCUGGAACGAUGAAGAGGUUGAUUGCAGCAACAAAGUAUCUGAAGGGGAAGAAGUUUGGUGUUGCAACAGAAUGCGGGUUGGGCAGGGCACUCACGGAGUAUUUUGAUUCGAUUGCGAGAAUUUCGUCGGGAAUUUCCACUGUCAUUUAG